CCACCUCUCCCUCAUCCCCUCUCACCCCGACCUCUGGUAAUGGGAGUUCUCCCCACCGCAGCGCCCCCUACCAGCCCCUGCACAGUUCUGGACGUGGGAACAGCAUCCCCGAGCUGCGGCGGCCUGGAGGGAAGCGCUCUCGGUACUGGGGUGCCAGGACGGUUCCUGGAGCAGAUGGCAUUUUACCCAGGACCUGAGGGACGAGCUGAUGGCGGCUUGGCACUGGUUGGCAGGCGAGGCCUGAUGGAGAGGCCCGGACGCCCCAUCAUCCUCCCCCGCCCCGGACAUCAGCCUCGAAGGGGAGGCCUGUGGAGCACUGCCCAGGCCGGCGGCAACAGAAGGGUCGGGCCGAGCCGGUGGUCGGGGUGCCACAGCCCGGUCAGGGGCAGCAGGGACCACUGGAGGCCCGGGCGUUCCACACACCCCAUUUCUCACGAGCUCUGUGAGACCUCCCAUGGCCUCUCCAGCCUGCUGACCUGCAGGAUGGGCCUGGGGGCACCUGGGAGCCACGGAAGAUGCUCUGCCUCCAGCAGGGGUGUGGCUCGGUCCCUUUGGAAGAUCCCUGUGGAGCACCAUGGCUGGGGUGAGAGGCCAGUCCCACCUGCUAUCCUCCUGGGGGACAGUCCUGCCCUGGAGCCCUCCCCUGUCCAGUAACUAAACUGCCUCCUGCGAGACCUGGGGAGGUCUCCUCAGGGUCAGAGACCCCAACCCAGGGUCCUGGCUGAGUGGCCUGGAGGGAGCCACGCAGUCUCUCCGGCCUCCAUCCUGUUGUCUGAGGACCGAAGGGCAGCAGCCCCUCCUCCUGGGGCGAGCAUGGAGGCCUCGGAUCAGCGCUGCCAUCCCAGCCUCACCGCGCCCUCCCCAGCAGCUAGAGGAGCCCAGACCCUCGGGAUCCACACACCUCCUGGGGCCCGAGGGCUCCCUGCCUGGGGGGCCUCUACACCGAAACACGCACGCCUCGCACGCUCAGCCAGGCCUGGAGCGGCCUCGCAGCAACACCGCACACGUGCAGGGCGGCCGGACCCAACGUGAACGCCGCCUCAGCGUCUGCCGUGGCCGACAGUGGGGGGACCUGCAGCCUUCUGAUUUCAAGACUAG